CGGCCGUGUAGAUAUCGGCGCAGCCCGCUUCUGCCCCUCUUGAACUUUUGCGUGGAGAGACGUUUGGUCGUGUUGCGACUGUUCGAUAUGUCUUCGACGGGUGGUCAGGAUCAGGUUGCUGCGCAACAGCAAUCGGGUCCUCCAUAUGCGCCUCACAAUGCGAGUUUGGGCGGUCGGCCAGAUAUUAUACCAGAUAUCCCAGUAACGGCGGUCUUUCUCUUUCUCUAUGUCGUCUUCGGCAUUAUACAUAUCAAAAUCUUCAAGAAGAACAAGGCCAGAGGGCACAAGUUCGUGUUUAAUGGAGCGCUAUUCGGAUUCUGCCAGAUACGGAUAAUAACCAUGUCCCUUAGGAUAGCAUGGGCGUGCCACUCCACAAACGUCGGCCUUGGAAUCGCAGCCCAGGUCUUCGUCUACGUCGGAACGAUCAUUCUGUAUAUCGUCAACUGGUUCUUCAUCCAGCGAGUUAUCCGAGCGCAGCACCCACUCUUUGGAUGGUCGAUGCCAUACCGAAUACUGCACAGACUAGCGAUCGUCUGCCUCAUUCUCUCCUUGAUAUUGCUGGUCGUGGGCGCUAUCCAGCAAUUCUUCACGCUGAACACGACUACGCUCGAUAUCGAUCGCUACUUGCAACUUGCGGGCAACACGUACUUCGCUGCUUUCUGCUUCGCGCCAAUCCCCAUGGUUAUCCUUUCGCUCAUUUUCCCACGGCGCAGAGUCGAGAAGUUUGGGGCUGGCCGACUCAGGAACAAUGUUGUGAUCCUUCUAAUUGCCGUAGCCAUUCUGUCUGUCGGGCAGAUCUUUCGCUGCGUUACCGCAUGGCUUCCGAACUACCCGCUCCGCAUCCACCAGGGCCAGGAAAUUGACGCACCGUGGUACUAUUCCAGGUGGUGCUUCUACGUUUUCAACUUCGCAACCGAGAUCCUCGUAGUAAUCUUCUACGCCGUGACCCGAGUGGACCUGCGCUUCUACGUCCCGGACGGCUCCAAGAAAGUUGGAGAUUACUCAAACAGGCCCGGUGGCCGCUACCAUGUAGACAUUAUCGGCAACGAGAAAAACCUCAAGCGCACUUCGACCGGCCCCUUCGGAAUCGGUGUUCUCCACCCCAACGGCUCAAGCGAGACGCUGCACGAGUACGAAUCCUCGCUUUUUGACGACACCCGCACGCUGGCCGAUUCCCUGCGUUAUCCAUCCUCGAUUCUGGAAGUGGAUCCCAAGUCCGGUCACUGGAAGAUCAAGCGCGCCUCUGGUGCUGGCUCAGUGACCAGUCUCCAGCGCCACUCUAACACGUCCGAAGGCUCGGUCUGGGACCCAACGCGCAACACCUACGUCAACGAAAACACGCCGCCCGUCCCUGACAUUCCAACCGAUUGGCCGCUCCGCGAAUCGCAGCUCCCACGUGGGUCGAUACCCGUUAUGGAGCACCAAAAUCGGGGUAGUAGGUCGGCCGGUCAGUCGUCGCUGAGGAAUGAGAUCGGCAACCAUGACAUGAAUGCUGUGGAUAUGGGCAACUCUAUCGAAGACGCGAUCCGCAAACUCGAGGCGAACAGCGAAGUGAACAAGGCCCACCCACCCGAUUACGACGCCAUUACGCCUGUCAAAGAGCGUUCGGGCAACGUUACACCCCUGAAGUCGCGUCAAUCUAGCGCAGAAGUCCCACGGAAACACGUGUACCAGCCCAGUCCGCUCCGCUCCGAGGCCGCUGAUAUCCCGCGGAAGCAUGUCUACUCACCAGUGUCGAACAACCCAUGGGCUUCGGAGCUCCCGCAGAAGCACAGCCACAGCGCUGUUGCCUCUAGCUCGGCUUCCAACCUCCCCAGAAAGAUCGAUUACAGCGGAACCGCUUCCGGCUCAAGCUCCGAUCUCCCCAAGAAGCGCGACUACAGUGCUCACGCUCCUCUGACCUCGCAUCCUCCGACUCCCCCCAACAAGCACUACAGCGCCCCUUCCCCCACAAGCGCUGGCUCCGACAUCCCCAAGAAGCACAACUACGCCCGACCCGAUGAGCUGCACUUCUCGGCGCUACAGCAGCAGCGAAGUCCUCCGCCCCAGCCGGUAAGUCCGCCGCAAUCGUCACAUCGCAGCGGCGCGACAAGUUUCGAGACGGCGACUGCGGAAAGGGAGUUCAAGCGCUUCAGCUUUGAGGCGCCGCCGCGGAGAGGGGAGGAUGGGUUUGAGGGCGGAAGUAGCGAGAGUGAGAGGGAGUGGGAGCGGAGGUAUAGAGGAUGAUUGAUGAAUGAAUAGACGCACCCGACGGUGGCAUUCUGAGUUUGUUUUGAUGCACGAGCGUUGGC